AUGGAAACCCGGGCAGAGAGCACUCAUGGCUCUCAUGGGUUUGAGCCUUUAUCUCCUUCAAUGCGGUUGAUUCCACUGAUUGGUAUGGGAAAAUACAUCUUGCAUUUAUGUACACUGAUCAAUGGUGUCACUCUUGCGAAUCGUAUACCAGACCCCGACAUCGUCGUUGGCUAUAACUGGAAAUCGAUAUGUGGAAAUUAUAAACUUGCUUUCGAUGAGUUGCCAGACAGUCUCAAGUUCGCGUUCCCUAUAGUCGUGGAUGGACAUUUUGCUUUUCCCUUCUUUUCGGUCGAGAUGAGAAUCGACGCAGGGCAAAGGCUUUCUCCGGAACCUCCAUUUGGCCGCCUUAAUGCUUGGAGGUCUGCGAUACUUCUACCAAAAGGCCUACGGAAGAAAACGACGAAGCCGACAAGUUCGACGGGAAGCGACCCAGGAGAUCCGAACGUUACUCACGAGCACUUUCUUAUUAAAAAGUGGCACUUCGAAGAAAUGAAAGAGUUAUUUGUGGCACGACAUGGUUCAGAGACACUCUACAAGUGGAUGAUGAAAGAAAACCGCAAGUGGAUUGCUUCUGGCUUGCAAGAAUUGGCCAAGGCUUGAUGUGAUGUUUCGAACAUUAUGCUGGGCACUUGGAUUAGAUAUUUGUCCGCUCGCUCUCGCUUGCUCUCUCUCUCUCUCUCUGUGGAUAUGUGUG